GCUGUGAACGCAUCGCUAAACUAAGGUUCUCUUACCAUCUCCAAAGAUGAAGUGGCUUUCUCUCACUCUCGCGCUCGCGGUGCCUUCCGAGGCCGCCCUCCGGUUCGGAUGCUCGACGCUAACCAUUCAGCGUCUCGACCCUCUCGUCGAGCCCGGCGCGGCUCCGUCGGCCCAUCUCCACCAGAUCGUCGGUGGGAAUGCUUUUAACGCUACUAUGACCGGCGACGUCGGCGCGAGGGGCACCUGUACGACAUGUACUUUCUCUGAGGACUUCUCCAACUACUGGACCGCCGUUAUGUUCUUCAAGCACACCAACGGCUCCUACAAGCGUGUCCCCAUCAUGCAGAACGCCGCCCUGCCUGACGGCAUCAACGGUGGCAUGACCAUCUACUACACCCAGCAGGACUUCUCCUCCAACGGCAACCAGAAGAUCACCGCCUUCAAGCCCGGUUUCCGCAUGACCGUUGGCAGCCCGACCUCGACGUCCAAGUACGGCCCCGGCCUGAAGUUCGUCUGCCUCCAGAACAAGGGAACCCGAUUCCCCGAGCUCGACGACUUCCCCACACGGCCCUGCGCAGGCGGCAUCAUGACCGUCCACCACUUCCCCGCCUGCUGGGAUGGCAAGAACCUCGACAGCCCCGACCACCAGUCUCACAUGUACAACACGGUCAAGGACGCGUUCCAGAACGGGGGCCCGUGUCCGGCGUCGCACCCGAUCCGCGUGCCGCAGGUCGCGUACGAGACGCUCUGGGACACGACCCAGUUCAACAAUAUGUGGCCCACCGACGGCUCACAGCCCUUCACGCUCAGCUACGGCGAUAACAAGGGCUACGGUACCCACGCCGACUACGUCUUCGGCUGGAAGGGCGACACCCUCCAGCAGGCCAUGGACUCGUCUUGCAUGUUCAAUGCCUGCGAGAACGGCCGCCCGCUCAAGUCCCAGGGCGUCGCCGCCAUGAACGCCUGCAGCGUCAAGAGCACCGUCAACGAGGAUAUCAACAACUGGCUCCCCGCGCUCCCCGGUGGCAUGUAUUAGAUGGCAAAAAGACGGGAGGCUUGAUUUUAUCGUUUAGAGCUGGUGUUCUUGGACCUCGUUACGCACGCUCGCACACCUUUCAUUGAGACAAGAUAUCACCAUGUAUCAGCGACUGGGUGCGGCGCACAAAUCUGUUUUGUGUCAGG